AUUCUACGUUUUACCUCGAACGUUUCGAUUCGUAUCGCGGCAGAGCCGGCGCGAGAUAAAUAGCCAGUGAUUUUCCGAAAUAAAUACAUAUUCGAGUGCUUAAACGAUUUUCAGUGUCACACGCGUCUGUCAAUACGCGGGACGAAAGAAGUCGAUUUAUUGGCAAACGUUGUCUGAUUAUUUUUUGAUUCUAUCGAUCACCGUUUAUGUACACUGAACUUGAGUUAAACACUUUGCGCUCGAGCGGAAGAGGCGCUCGGUUCGCCAACGCAAAUACUGAAAGAUUUCAAGCGUGGAAACUAAUUGGAACUUUCUGUACGCAUGAAAUUGUUUUAUUUCCGUGUCACGUUGCAAUAUGUACACGAACGAUUUUAUUGCGUACCGUGGCAGUUUCGAGGAUAACCGAAUUUCUAUUAAACGCCGAUUGCGUGUCUCAGGCGAACCUGGAUGGACUGUGCUUACGUUCUUUUCUCGUUUUUUUUUUUUUUUUUUUUUUUUUUUUUUUUUUCGAGAGUCAUUUGCAUUAAGAGAUAACGACGAAGUUUGUCCAACAAUAUCUCACAUAUUGGACCCCGGCACUGCUCCGUCCAUGGUGAAUUACACGCGAUACAGACACCAAUGAUAAUCAUAGUCGACUCGAAAGAGGAACUCGAGGAACGCGACUAAUUAUUGUCGGGAAAAACGGAAAGACGCGCGAAAGAUGAUCGAAUGUGUACGUGAGCGUUAUGUAAAAUAUCCUUUCCAAUUUGUAAAAGAUGCAUAUCGAUUCCGCUUGAAAAAUCAUCGUUUCCGUGUAAAAAACAGUCGAUUGCCUGAGCGAAAAAUCAUUCGAAUAACAGAAAAAUAGUGGAAAUAUAAGAUCGAGGUAAUCGUUAUUGAUUAUCUAUCAAAUGCCGAUGUUUCCAAUCGCUAAAUAUCCUAAAUUGCAUAUCUGUCUGUCCUUGAACCUGUAAGAAUGGCUUUUGUCCGUACUGAGCGUAUAUAAGACUGACGACGUCCUAUCACAAAGCGCAGUGUUAGAUUACCACCUCGACGUCAACAACGAGCUUCGUGUUAUUAACAAACUCGCCGGUGUCUCUUACAUUCAGUGAUCAAUGAACAAUCGUGAUCGUCUCGAAACGAUAUCAUCGCCGAAAUUUUGACAAAACCGGUUACGAACGUCCACGUAUACGAAUAUUCGCCAUGGAAAACGUACAAGUGCCUACGAACUUGGCCAAUUCUGCUCUUAUCGACGCUGGCAAGAGUCAGACCAACUUCGCGAAAGAUGUGCCGAAAACGAUCAAGUACACGCUGGCUGAUUCAGCGAACAACGAAAGAAUUGAAAUGGACUAUCAUAUUCAAACAGUCACUAAAGAUGAUAAACUCAGGAUACUCAAAUUUCUUCGGAGAUUCUUCUUCAGAGACGAACCGCUUAAUCAUUCGAUCGAAUUGAUACCAGAGAGCGAAGACAGCACUUGCCUCGAAUUGGAAGAAUAUUGUAGCAUGUCUUCCCUUGAAAAUAAUCUCAGUCUCAUGGCGGUCUCAACAAACGGUGCUAUAGUGGGCGUAAUGUUAAAUGGAAAAAUGGAUCCUCCGAGCGAUGAAGAACCAGAAUACAUAACUACAUGUGAAAAUCCAAAAUUCAAAAAAAUUCUUAGGCUACUGAAUUAUGUGGAUCGUAAUGUAAACCGCGAAGGAAAAUUUCGGGGAUUGAAUAUUUUGGAAAUCAGAAUAAUUUCCGUAGAUUCUAACUGGAGAGGUAAAGGGAUUGCCAAAGCGCUUCUGGAAAAAUCACUGGAAAUUGGAAAGGAGAAAGGUUUUCACAUUACACGUGUUGAUUGUUCAUCCUUUUUUUCUGGGAAACUCUGCGCACGAUUGGGUUUCGAACGGAUAUAUGAACUCAAUUAUACAGAUUAUGUGGAUGAGGAAGGUAAUCCUGUAUUUUCCCCCGCAUUUCCACAUACAGCAAUUGUCACGUACAUUAAGAAAUUAUAAAAAGCGACACGAUAUGCAUAUAAAAUCGAGAGUACCUGUUUAAAGUCGUGGAUAAUUUUAAAAACGCACUCUACAUUUUUUUUGUAAGAGUUGAAUACAUUGUACAUUUUUUUUUUAAAUGUUUAUUUUACUUAUUUAUUACUUUUCUAUAAAUCAGUGUUAUACGGAUUCAUUUGUAUUAUUAUAAUUAUUUCAUUGUGACGCUAUUGAAAUGGAUUGUGCCAAAAUAUCAGCAAUAAUAAGUUUUAUUGAGUAUAAUGUUAAUCAAUUCGAACUAUAAACGAUUAUUGCAUUAA